CUUGUCUAAUUUUCCUAACUCAAACAUUCAUACUUUUAAAUUUUUCGCAAACAACUGUAUUUUCGCUCAAGGACAAAAAUGGAACAAAGAUGCUUAAAAGUUUAGAACAAACGAAUGUCAUGCUAAAAUCCAUUUAUUAUUUGUUUCCAGGCUUUUUAAAUUGGCGUCUAUUAGACGAUGUAGUCUAUAUUUAUUAUAGCAAUAGGCCUAUUCUUGAAAUCCAGAUAUUUUCCUUUUACUAGUUCAACUUAGCCGUAACUUCUACUCACUCCUGUAUCUAUAAAAGUUGAAAUCACUCAAUAAAAAUACUUGUCAGACACUUUUUAGUGGAACAUCGACUGAAAAAGACGCGUGAACAUCGAAAAAAAUGUCAUCAUUCAAUACUAAACAUAGAUAUGGCAACAGCCCUAAAGUUCUAACGAAUGUUGACUUCCAAAUUGAAAUUAUAGAAGUGUCCAGUGAAGAUGAGAUGGGCAAUGUCGUAUGUAAAGAAGAGGAAUUGGAAGAAGAGGGAUUAGAAGAAGAUUGCAUUGUAAUAUCAAGCGAUGAAGAGGUGGAGGAUAUAUCGAGAGAAAAUGAAGCAAAUACUUCAUUAAUGGAAGCAGAAUCGUUUAAUGGAAUAGAUUCAAAUCAGAUUUUUGUAUAUAAUGAGAGUGAUGGAACCGUAGAAUAUAGUGGAAUUGGAGAAACUCUUGAAUAUGCCGAAUCAUCAGAUGAAGAACUAAAUCCUCCGUUGAACCGUGUAGACGAAGUGAAACUAAAUGAUCUUAACAAAGGAGUAGACUUGUCGGACGAAGAUAACACUAAUCAACCUUAAAGAAAACGAUAAAAUCGGUAAAUAUAGUAACCUUUAUAAUAAAAUAAUGGUUUGUUUAAAUAGUGCGAAAAGUUUUGAAUACAAAAGUUUCAUAUAGAUAUUAUCUACUUUA